AAGGGCAAGCCGUGCGGAUGGGCCGUCUCUCCCUCUCGGAUGCUUGUUUUGUGUCUUGAGGGAGGGGUUUUAUUUUUGUUUUUCAAAAUCUCUUCGCGACGGCCAGAUUUCUUCCCACACAGACUGCUCUCGUGGUUUUCGGCGAAGUCAUGGCGGACCGCGGCGUGGAUCUGUCCGCCCUGCCGAAGGAGGUUCGAGACCAGUUGGCGGAGUUGGACCUGGAGCUGUCUGAAGGUGACAUCACACAGAAGGGCUAUGAAAAGAAAAGAGCCAAGUUGCUGGCCUCCUACAUCCCUCAGCUGCCAAAAGCGGACCUUUCUCUGCCAGAUGUCCAGCCUUCCCCAAGCCACAGUGCCAAUCCCAGCCCAAGUCCUGAGGCCCCGGGCCCCUCCACCUCCUCAGCCUCUCGACACCAUCGUGCACAUCGCAGUGGAGGGGCCAGAGAUGAGCGCUACAGAUCAGACAUCCACACAGAAGCUGUGCAGGCGGCUCUGGCUAAACACAGAGAGGAGAAGAUGGCAUUGCCCAUGCCGACCAAGAGACGUUCAUACUUCGUCCAGUCUCCCAUAGAUAACUGCACACCUCCCGAUACAUCCUCUGCAUCAGAGGAUGAAGGCUCGCUGCGCAGAAAGGCGGCUCUCAGUGCUGUGCUCGCCCAGACCCUCCAGAGCCCCGAUUACUGGAUCAACCGCUCCGUCCAAAGCUCUUCCACUUCCUCGUCUGCUUCCUCCACCCUCUCCCAUGGAGAGCCCAAGACUCAGCCUCAGCCCCAGCUUCAGCCGGGGGCCUCGGUGCUGGCUGAUGUCCUGGCCCACAUGCGCAUAGAAAACAGCGUCCCCCCAGACGUGACCUCCUCCACUCCACAAGAGAGAGGAUCCAGAGUGGACCUUCCUCCAGCCAUCAGGGGCAUGAGCCGCGGUCAGAGCCGCUCCAGCAUGCUGGAUACAGCUGACGGCGUGCCGGUCAGCAGCCGGGUGUCCACCAAGAUCCAGCAGCUGUUGAAUACUCUUAAACGGCCCAAACGGCCCCCGCUCAGCGAGUUCUUCCUUGACGACUCAGAGGAAAUUGUAGAAGUUCCAAGGCCAGAUCCCAACACCCCUAAGCCUGAGGGGCGUCAAAUCGUCCCAGUGAAGGGAGAGCCUCUGGGAGUGGUCAGCAACUGGCCUCCUGCCCUGCAAGCUGCCUUGGCCCGAUGGGGGGCCACGCAGGCUAAGAGCCCUGCCCUCACUGCCCUGGACAUCACCGGCAAACCCCUCUAUACACUCACAUAUGGCAAACUAUGGAGUCGCAGUUUAAAGCUGGCUUAUACUUUGCUGAACAAACUCGGGACCAAGACUGAGCCUGUCCUACAAACUGGUGAUCGGGUGGCGUUGGUGUAUCCAAACAGUGACCCUGGAAUGUUCUGGGUAGCUUUCUAUGGCUGCCUGUUAGCUGAGGUGAUUCCUGUCCCCAUCGAGGUGCCGCUGUCACGGCAGGAUGCAGGCAGCCAGCAGAUUGGCUUCCUGUUGGGCAGCUGUGGUGUGAGUUUGGCGCUGACCAGUGAGGUGUGCCUCAAAGGGCUGCCCAAGACCCAGAAUGGCGAGAUCGUCCAGUUCAAAGGAUGGCCGAGAAUGAAGUGGGUCGUCACCGACACAAAGUACCUGACCAAACCAUCCAAAGACUGGCAGCCUCACAUUCCCACCGCCAACACAGACACAGCCUACAUAGAGUAUAAAGCGAGUAAGGAGGGAACGGUGAUGGGAGUUGCCGUUUCCAAGAUCGCCAUGCUGACACACUGUCAAGCUCUGACUCAGGCCUGUAACUACUGUGAAGGGGAGACGCUGGUCAAUGUGUUGGACUGCAAAAAGGACAUGGGCCUGUGGCAUGGCGUCCUAACGAGUGUUAUGAACAGAAUUCACACCAUCACUGUGCCGUAUGCCGUCAUGAAAGCCUGUCCCAUGUCCUGGGUACAGAGAGUGCACAUCCACAAAGCACGUGUUGCCUUGGUGAAGUGCAGGGACCUUCACUGGGCCAUGAUGGCCCACAAAGAUCAGAAGGACAUCAACCUAUCUUCUAUACGAAUGCUAAUAGUGGCUGAUGGGGCAAAUCCAUGGUCCGUCUCAUCGUGCGAUGCCUUCCUAAACGUGUUCCAGUCUCAUGGUCUGAGGCCGGAGGUCAUCUGUCCAUGUGCCACCUCCCCUGAGGCUCUGACUGUGGCCAUACGCAGACCUGGCGCCCGUGGAGCUCCUCUCCCAGCCAGGGCCAUCCUGUCCAUGGGUGGGCUGAGCCACGGUGUCAUCAGGGUCAACACGGAGGACAAGAACUCUGCUCUGACUGUGCAAGAUGUCGGCCACAUUAUGCCUGGAGCUCUGAUGUGCAUAGUGAAGCCAGAUGGGCCGCCGCAGCUGUGCAAGACGGACGAGAUUGGAGAGAUAGUGAUCAACUCUCGGGCUGGAGGAACGAUGUAUUACGGCCUUCCUGGUGUCACCAAGAACACGUUCGAGGUUAUCCCUGUCAACCAGGCUGGAGCGCCCAUAGGAGAAAUCCCCUUCGCUCGGACUGGUUUACUGGGAUUUGUGGGACCGGGGAGUCUUGUGUUUGUUGUGGGGAAGAUUGAGGGACUCCUGAUGGUGAGUGGGCGACGCCACAAUGCUGACGACCUGGUGGCCACCGCGCUGGCAGUGGAGCCUGUCAAAACAGUUUACAGGGGGAGGAUUGCUGUGUUCUCAGUGACGGUGUUUUAUGAUGAGAGAAUAGUGGUUGUGGCAGAGCAGAGACCUGACGCCAGUGAGGAAGACAGCUUCCAGUGGAUGAGUCGAGUACUGCAGGCCAUCGACGGCAUCCAUCAGGUUGGCCUUUACUGCCUCGCUCUUGUGCCAGCCAACACCCUCCCAAAAACCCCGCUAGGAGGAAUCCACAUCUGUGAAACCAAGCAGAGUUUCCUGGACGGUAACCUGCAUCCCUGCAACAUCCUCAUGUGUCCGCAUACGUGUGUAACAAACAUGCCCAAGCCUCGACAGAAACAGCCAGUGGAUGUUGGUCCGGCUUCUAUGCUUGUUGGGAACCUGGUGGCAGGGAAGCGAAUCGCUCAGGCCACGGGCAGAGAGCUGGGUGUGGUGGAGGAUCAGGACCUCAUUCGAAAGCACCAGUUCCUGUCUGAAGCUUUGCAGUGGAGAGCCCAAACCGACCCUGAUCACGUUCUCUACAUUCUGCUCAACUCUAAGGGUGUUCCAGUGUGCACAGCAACAUGUGCACAGCUUCACAAAAGAGCAGAGAAAAUCACAGCCACUCUCUUAGAAAGAGGAGGCCUCAACACGGGCGACAACGUGGUGCUGCUUUAUCCUCCAGGUAUUGACCUGAUCGCUGCCUUCUACGGUUGCCUCUACGCAGGGGUGAUUCCCGUGACCGUGAGGCCGCCGCACCCCCAGAAUCUGGCUGCUACGCUCCCCACAGUCCGCAUGAUCAUUGACGUGAGCAAAGCAGCCUGCAUCCUCACCACUCAGCCUCUCAUGAGGAUCCUCAGGUCCAGGGAGGCCGCUGCCAGCGUUAACGUCAAAACAUGGCCGACGAUCAUUGAUACAGAUGAUCUUCCCAGGAAGCGUCCUCCACAAAUCUACAAACCUCCUACUCCUGAGAUGCUGGCCUACUUGGACUUCAGUGUGUCUACCACAGGCAUGUUGACUGGAGUCAAGAUGUCUCACGCGGCCAUCAGCACUCUUUGCCGCUCCAUCAAGCUGCAGUGUGAGCUUUACUCCUCACGCCAAAUAGCCAUCUGCCUGGACCCGUACUGCGGCCUGGGCUUUGUCCUGUGGUGCCUCUCCAGUGUUUACUCAGGUCACCAGUCUAUCCUUAUUCCUCCGCUGGAGCUGGAGACCUCGCUGCCUCUGUGGCUGAGCACGCUCAGUCAGUACAAGAUCAGAGACACCUUCUGCUCCUACUCCGUCAUGGAGCUGUGCACCAAAGGCCUCGGCACGCAGACCGAGAUGCUGAAGGCUCGGGGUCUCAACCUGUCGUGUGUGCGAAGCUGCGUGGUGGUGGCAGAGGAGCGACCCCGCCUCGCGCUCUCGCAGUCCUUCUCCAAGCUUUUCAAAGAUCUGGGCCUGUCGCCUCGGGCCGUCAGCACCGCCUUCGGCUCCAGGGUCAAUCUGGCCAUCGGCCUGCAGGGGACUUCCGGACCAGAUCCCUCCACCGUUUAUGUUGACAUGAAGUCCCUGCGUCACGACAGAGUGCGACUGGUUGAAAAAGGAGCGCCACAGAGUCUUCCACUCAUGGAGUCAGGCACUAUCCUGCCAGGGGUCAGAGUCAUCAUAGUUAACCCAGAGACCAGGGGCCCGCUGGGAGACUCGCAUCUUGGAGAGAUCUGGGUGAACUCCCCUCACAGCGCCAGCGGCUACUACACCAUCUACGGAGAGGAGAGCCUGCAGGCGGAUCAUUUCAACACCAAACUCAGCUUUGGCGACCCCCAGACUCUCUGGUCCAGGACGGGAUACCUGGGCUUCAUCAAGAGAACGGAGCUGCUGGACGCGAGCGGAGAUCGCCAUGAUGCCUUGUUUGUUGUUGGCUCUCUGGAUGAAACUUUGGAGUUAAGGGGGCUGCGCUAUCACCCCAUCGACAUCGAGACGUCUGUGUCCCGAGCUCACCGCAGCAUCGCAGAGAGCGCUGUGUUUACAUGGACCAACCUGCUGGUGGUGGUGGCAGAGCUCAGCGGCUCCGAGCAGGAGGCCCUGGACCUGGUACCACUCGUCACCAACGUGGUGCUGGAGGAACACCACCUCAUCGUCGGGGUGGUGGUCAUCGUGGACCCCGGGGUGAUCCCCAUCAACUCCAGGGGGGAGAAGCAGAGGAUGCACCUGCGGGACUCCUUCCUGGCAGACCAACUGGACCCCAUCUACGUGGCCUACAACAUGUGAACAGCGGUCAGAAACCGAUGCAGAAAACUGAGCCAGGGUCAGAGAAGACCCCCAGGGACCUGAGGGGUGUGAACAGCAGCCGCAAACACAACCCUCCCCGCCCUCCUCCACCAUGUCGGCUUUCGGACACGUUUUAAAAGAGAAAGCGAUGCGGGGGACGCAAGCACAGCGAACGUGCUGUUACAGUGAAAUGCUUCCCUUUCAGAAACUGAUCCUGCUUUUGUUCCACCUGCUCGAUUGCUGCAGCCCAAGACUUCUAAGAACGAGGGCGAAAUCUUUGGUUCUCAUCAGAGGAAACGUUCGCUUAGAAGAAAGUUGAUCUUCAUCUGCUGUCUGAAGCCCGUUUCUCCCUCACCAAUCCUAAAUCAUGUUGUUGUUGUUUUUUUUUUGUUUUGUUUUUACACAUUUUUUAAAUAACAUGCUCCCUUCAAAGACAAAAUCUUAAUUGUUUAAUUCCUUUUGUUCAUUUGUUUGUUUGUUUUUGUUUUUUUAACCUCCAUACUCUUAAAGACAGGGGGCGCACUGGAACUUCCUCCACCUUUUGCACGUCUUUGCACGUCUGGCUCCAUUUCUUGCCUCAAAAGGAGACCCCACUGCCCACAUCUGCUGCUGCUGCCGUUGCUGCUGCUUCCACAGGAGCAAAUCCACAUCAGUAUUAAAAGGGGAAAGAAAGAAAAAAAGUGCCACCAGCAAGUCCCGUUUCGGCUCUGUGAGUCCCCACCAGGUGCACCGCGGCUCUCACCUCCACACCCGUUCUGCUUCAGCCCAAAGCAACGAACGUCGGCCUUCGCUCAGUGCAAAAUGUCCUAAAAUACGCUUGAAUUACAUUUGUGUGUGGAAAAAAAUAAAACCCCAAACAUUCCCUCACUCACAAACCUGGAUUAGAGGAAAAUAAAAUGGAUUUCUUGUUUUUCAGUGUGCAAGGACUUGCUGAGUUAAGAUAGGAUAACUGUGAUUGUCUAAUUGUCUGAUUUUUGUUUACUUUGAAGCGCCUGUUUUUUGUGGGAAUUGCAGAUGUUUCUGUCAUUUUAGGUGUGCAUGCUGUUUGGAAGUGCAGCAGAUGUCUGCAUACAGGCUAGUGGAAGAAAAAUAAAAGCAACCAGGUCAUAAGCAGAGCCAACAUCAGGAGCAGAGUUAAAGAUUUUAGCUGCUGUUUGGGCCUCUUAUUAGCCACAAUGCUAAUUAUGUUUACUGAAAACUCUCUUAGAAAUCUGCAGCCAGCUAAGGGAUCAAAACAAUCUGAGGAAAAAUAGAUGGACAUUAAAGAUCGACUUCUUCCUGCUCACCACGUGAGCGUCACGCGUCAUGUGUCCAUUCCCACAUCACAUGAUGCUUAGCUUGUUCCAGCUGUGGCUACUUAUGAGAGGCACAAACCAGCUUAUGAAUCAUCACAUUUUCAUGACACGUGAUUUCCAUUUUCCGUUUUAGUUACCCUCUAGUUUUUUCUCGAGGUGCAGAUUUGAGCCGAGACCGGUCGAACCCGAGCGCAGAGGCGAAUCUGAAAGCCCAGCAGCUUUCACCCGCAGUCCAUAAACAACGUGUAGAUGAUCAGAAGGCAGGGUAGUGCCUUUUACCUCUGAGACAUUUCUGAUUUGUAAACUAUUUGAAUUUUAAAAGAGAACAACACGCGAGGAGUGUGGGGAAAACUUUUUGCCUUAUUAAAAACCUGUGGAGCUUCUACAUGAUUUUAUUUAGUGUUUUUAAGGAGGUCCGCUGAUUUUUCUUUUUGCAUUUGAAAGCACAUCGACAUCUCUUUUCUUCAGAAAGAGGGGCGUCUUGUUCUGGUUGACCUUAUUUUCAAGCCGCUUUUUUUUUUUCUUUUGUUUUAAUGAAAAAAAUCCGAAUUGAUAUUUAAACUAAUUCCUUCCAAAUGUCUGUAACACUGAGUGGGAACAAAAAUAGGCGCAAGUCCCUUUGAAACCUGCAUUUAAAAAUGGCAGAAUACUUCUUUAAAGGAAAAAGUACAAUAGAUAAGGGUUAAAAAUGUCUGUAUACUGUAUUUUAGAAGUGAGAUACUGUAUUACUAGUGUUACUGUGUACAUGGCGAUGGAGUCUGUAGAUAAAAACUUGACUGAUCUUUCAUACUUGACCGGGUUUCUUUCUGCAUUGCGUGUUAAAUGACGUCUCAUCGAAAAACACAGGGAACAGAAACAAUGUGCACUUUCCCAAUAUCAUUUGACAUAUGUGGGUGUGUCCCUGAGAGAGUGUGUGCGUGUGUGUGUGUGUGUGUGUGUCUAACAGUGAUAUUUAGCUUUUAAGGUGCAACAAGAUUCAUCUGUAAGAAUCCCAAACGAUUGAAUAUUUAAAAAAACAAAAACUUUUUUUUUUGUAAAUGUCGCCUCCACUGUAUUUUUUACUCUUUCCAUCCACGUUUGGGAUUUAAUAUAUUUUUAGGGGUUUCAUUGAGAUUUGAAUCUGAAGCUGUUUGAUUUCUAAAGCAGCGACACAACCACAGACCACUUUUCACCGAGGACAUGUACGCGAGCCAGUCAUUUGGUUACUCAUGAAUAACUGUGUGAUAAUUGCUGUGUCCGCCACUGUUUCACUCCGAUGACUUUUAAUAAAGUUUUAUAAUUUCAUGUUGGCCUUCAAGCCUUUUUCAAUAGACCUUGGUGCUAUUCAAUAAGGUGCCGUACACAGACUUGUAUCCGUCAACGUCACUGCAAAAAAAGGUUUCAUCCUGGAUGUCUUUGUCGGCGUGGAAGGAAACAUUUCCGUUUGAGGUCCUAAAGACUUUCACUUUGUCAGAGCUUACGUUGUUUUUCCUUGUCGGUUUUUAUCGGCUCUUAAGAUGUGAUGCAAAAUUCUCGACAGAAACGAUGCAACCCGUCUCAUCGUUUUUUUGCUUUUGUUUUUAUUUUUUCCACCCGAAAGUUCCCAUUUCACACCUCCGAAGUGCUAAGCACAAAAUGUAGAGAUGAGGCAAAGAAAAGGGAUCAUUUCACACAAAUUUAAAAAAAAAAAAAAAAAGGGGAAACAAAAA